UCCUUCUCUCUUCCCUUCUUCAAUCCCCUCAGUCGAUCGCCCUCUCCAGAAAGAAGACAAGCCUUCUUCUUCUUCUUCUUCUUCUUCUUCUUUUUCUCUAAGAAACAGAAGGACAGUAAAGAUGCCGGCAAUAGUGAUGGACAAGCCGGGCUCCGGCGCACAGUUUGAGGCGAAGUUCACGUUCUACGUGUUCCUAUGCUGUAUCAUGGCAGCCUUUGGAGGACUCAUGUUUGGUUAUGAUAUUGGCAUCUCUGGGGGAGUGACGUCCAUGGACGAUUUCUUGAUCAAGUUCUUCCCCAAGGUCUACUUGAGGAAGCACGAAGCGAGGGAGAACAACUACUGCAAAUACGAUAACCAGUACCUUCAGCUCUUCACCUCGUCUCUGUAUAUGGCUGCUCUCAUCUUCACCUUCUUCGCGUCUUAUGCGUGCAAGAAGUAUGGAAGGAGACCCACCAUGAGAGCCGCUUCUCUCUUCUUCUUGGCCGGCGUCAUCCUCAAUGCGGCAGCCAUGAAUCUCACCAUGUUGAUCAUCGGGAGGAUCCUUCUCGGCAUCGGAGUCGGCUUCGCUAACAAUGCGGUGCCGCUGUUCCUAUCAGAGAUUGCACCGGCAAGGAUUAGAGGAGGGCUUAACAUCCUGUUCCAGCUGCUUAUCACCGUCGGCAUCCUUGUGGCCAACCUGGUAAACUACUGGACCUCCGGCAUCCAUCCAUCAGGUUGGCGCAUCUCCCUGGGCUUGGCCGGCGUCCCAGCCAUCCUCCUCUGUGUGGGUUCUCUCUUCAUCGCCGAGACGCCGACGAGCCUGAUUCAGAGGGGCCACUUGGAGGAAGGGAAGGCGACGCUUAGGAAGAUCAGGGGCACCCCCAAUGUGGACGCCGAGUACAAUGAGAUCUGCCGUGCCUGCGAAGCCGCCAACCUUGUGAAGCACCCCUUCAGGAAGCUAGCCAACAGGCGCAACAGGCCUCCCCUUGUCAUUGCUAUCGUCCUCCAGGUCUUUCAGCAGUUCACCGGCAUCAAUGCCAUCAUGUUUUAUGCCCCCGUCCUCUUCCAGACCAUCGGCUUCAAGAAUGAUGCUUCCUUGCUCUCUUCUGUUAUCACUGGGCUCGUCAAUGUCCUCUGCACCAUGGUCUCUGUCCUCUACGUCGACAAGGUUGGCAGGAGGGUUCUUCUCCUUGAAGCUGCUGUUCAGAUGCUCAUCUCUCAGGUUGGAAUUGGGACCAUCCUCUUGAUCAAUCUCAAGUCUGCCAACACUCUACACCAUACCGUAGCGGUUGUUGUGGUGAUCUUGGUGUGUACCUUUGUCUCAUGCUUUGCUUGGUCAUGGGGUCCGCUGGGUUGGCUGAUUCCAAGCGAGACCUUCCCUCUGGAGACGAGAGCCGCAGGUUACUCUUUUGCGGUGAGCUCCAACAUGCUCUUCACCUUCAUCAUUGCACAAGCCUUUCUCUCCAUGUUAUGCCACAUGCGUGCCGGCAUCUUCUACUUCUUCUCCGGGUGGAUCGUCGUCAUGGGCCUUUUCGUGGUGUUCUUCUUGCCGGAGACGAAGGGCAUCCCCAUUGAUGAGAUCGACAGAAUAUGGAGACAGCACUGGUACUGGAAAAGGUACAUGGACAACGCUGAUGCAGAGCUUAAGGUGCAGAAGGAACAGGCUGCCACUGUUUGAUGAGAAAGCUACGAAACAGGGUGGAUGAGAAAACUCCUUUUAUUUUAGAUCAAAUUACUGCACUAGUUCAUGGAACAAUUAUUCUUGUUUUUCUUGCUUUUGUCAACUCUCCUUUGUUCAUCAUCUUUUUUUGUCACCUUCAGUGGUUGUGUAUAAUAAUACGUGCAUGUGG